GAAUCCACCCACAGAUGUACGUCAAGAUAUGAUCAGAUACUAUGACACCCCUACCCUACUAAACCUCCCCAGCCUACAGCUUGGUUCAACUCAAUGGGCAUGUCAACGUUUUGGAAAGAGUAACAGAGAUUGCUGCACUUCUUCAUACUCCUCUCCUCCGUAUACUACUUUCUGCCGCAGUUGUCAGUCUACCCACAAACCCACUUCGAACAACACAUUUCAGAGAGGAGAGAGAGAGAGAGAGAGAGAGGAGAGAGAGAGAGAAGGAGAGAGAGAGGAGAGAGAGAGAGAGUAGUAAAUUACUCGCCGGUGGAAAUUAAUGAGCCUUUUGGUUCAGUGCUUUGCUUUUGGCCACAGCUAACCAGAAAGAUCCAAAAUUUGUAUAACCGUUGUUUCACACGCGUCUCACCGUCUUCUAUUAAUUCCAGCUUUGGUCAGACCUCUAGUACUUGCUUUUUCCCUUAAGUACAAGCUUAUCUUUUAGAAUCAUCUCUCUUUUAUCAAAAAAAAAAUCAUUUCAGCUAGCCUCUCUUUUUUGUCACUUCUCUCUCUCUGUGUUUCCUCAUAAUCUGUCUCUGCUAUCUUGAUUUUCCGGCGACCUGUGGAAGUCGCCGGCGGUGGCACAAUGUCGUCGACGGCGAACGGGGUGGAGGGUAGGCGGUUUCCUCCGCCGCUGGCUUCACAUGAGGAUGUUGUCAAGGACCCCACUCUGUUCUGGGACACUCUCAGGAACUUCCACUCUCAGUUAGGCACCAAAUAUAUGGUCCCUGUGAUUGGAGGGAAGGAGCUAAACUUGCAUGUGUUGUAUGUGGAGGUGACAAGAAGGGGUGGUUAUGACAAGGUUGUCUCAGAGAAGAAAUGGAGGGAAAUUGGUACAGUUUUCGAUUUCUCCCCAACAACAACAAGUGCUUCUUAUGCAUUGAGGAGACAUUACUCAAGUCUUCUCCACCAAUAUGAACAGGUUUACUUCUUUAAGCUGCAAGGUCCCUCCAUUACCUCAGCAGCUACCGGAACAAUCGAUGGGAAAUUCGACUGUGGCUAUUUGGUGUCUGUGAAAGUGGGUUCCGAGAUUCUGAAUGGGGUUCUCUACUACCCAGAUCAAGCUGCCUCUUCCAUUGCAACUAACCAAUCUUGCACUACCUUGAUCCCAUUCAACCCUAAGCCUCUCAAUUCGGGACGGAGGAACAGGAGAAGGAGAAGAAGGGGAGGAGACCCCAGCCGCCCGAAACCAAACAGAAGCGGUUACAACUUCUUCUUCGCUGAAAAACAUUCCACACUCAAAUCGUUGUAUCCAGACCGGGAGAGGGAGUUCACGAAAAUGAUCGGAGAGUCUUGGACCAACCUCAGUCAAGAAGAGAGGAUGGUUUAUCAGAGCAUUGGGUUGAAGGACAAAGAGAGAUACCAGAGAGAACUGAAGGAAUACAAGGAGAGGACUAACCCCAGGCAGCAGAAGGAACUUUUGUAGAAUAAGAUGAUGGAUAGAUAGAUACAGGAUUUCUAUCUUCUUAAGCUUUGGGAAAAUGUUUCCAAGAAAGAAUCUGUAUCUGACUUCUUAACUUCCUAGCUCAACUAUAUAUAUAAAAAAAGAGGCUCCCAAAUGGACAUUUCAAUGCGCU